AUGUUUUCGUCAGCGGACAAACAAGCAACGGUCCCUCCGCAGUAUAUUCGUCACAACCCGGAGUGGCACAGACCACCUUUCUCGAACGAACGGCAGACCACCGCCUUACCAGCUCUCGAGCAGUGUACAGGUGAUAGAGCGAGUAGCGCUGGGGCAGUCGAUGACAGCGCCACAGGAGGCUCCUCUUCGCAGCGAUCCACUGUCUCAUCGACCGAUGUUGGGCGACGUGCUACGGUGGGGAAUGAGCGUUGUGAGCCCGGUAAGCGCGCCUCAACAUCACCAUCCACACGCAGCGCGACACGUGUAAGUGCACCUCACAACGGCGCGGUGGCGUCGCCUGUGCGCACGAUAGCCCUUGGCCCAUCCCCCACGGUAGAGCAGCUCUCUAGCGUUCUGCAUGGCCUGCCAAGUGGCAUCCCUGCAUUGGGUGACGCUUCUGAGGCCUCGCUGAUGCGCCGUGCCGACCGUGCGUCCUUGAGGAAGCGUGCGACGGAGGAUAAGGACGGACGACAAGAGCAUGGUCGGAAAAAGACAAGGAGGAAGCGCAGUGGUGGCCUGGCGGGGCGACUCACGGAGUACGAGGCGCGGUACCGGAUGCCGCACACCACUGAAACGUACGCUGACUACUACCAGCAGCCGGUUCGCAGCAAGAGUGUAGCGGUUGUGGUUCCUGGUGCUCCUGCGAUUCGAGCGUCGGAGACUGCCUCGAUGCAGGUGACGGCUGCGUUGCAGGACAUGAGGAUAACGGUGUCAAAGCUGCCCAAGGCGGUGGUACGAGAGUACGUGCCCGCCUCUCUUUUGCGGCCCGGUAUGUUCGGGUCUUUGGCGUUCGGCGGUGAUGAUGCCGCAAAAAUGCGGUUUGAGCAGAACCGUAGCGCCCGAGAGGCACGUCUGCGCGAGUCGAAGCAGCGCCAGCAGGAGUUGUACCGGAAGGUUCACCUGGCCGUUCACGGGCUUCGAUCUGAGGACCACGCAAGCGUCGGCGUUGCUCACUCGUCGUCGUCGGCCUCUUCUUUAGAGACCGAGACGCCACAGCAGGCAAACAGGACAAGCGAUUACACUAGCAAUCCCGGUGAGCGAGAGAAGGAAUGCUGCCGAAGCGGUCCUGUGUAUCCAAUUUGUGCGCCGACGUCUUCCUGCGCGGCCCUGGCGGUCAAACGCGCUGGCACCGCUCCGUACUGUGAGCCGAGUGUGCGCCAGAGCCCAUCCGCCUCCUUUGCCAGCAUGCCACGCCAUAUGGAGUACGUGGAGCACAACAAGUAAAGCAGCAGCAUCAGUGUGGUGCGUCUCUCGGUGUUGAGCAGCCCCAUGCACUGCGGGCUGCUCUAUUGCCUGCCCCUACGACGCCGACCAGCAGAGCGGCGUGGACGCGGCGGCGCUGCACAGCACGGCGCUGGUGGACAUUGUGCUGUACGAUCCCGUAGCAGACGCGUGGCGUUUUCGCAGCGAGCUGUUUCACACCGCCUCGCGGUGCUGCUGGCUGUAGACGCGCGGGGAUGUGCGCUGGUGGUGAUGGGUAUACGCGUGUGUAGCUGUGUGGUGGCGUGUGUGUGUCUCACCUCCCCUACGGAAGUGCCGCCAUCGGCGUGUUGUUUGGUGUCCAGGCGUAUGGGAGGUGGUUGGGGAGUGGCGGAGCUGCAGCACCUCUGCACCCACGCCGAGGCCCCUCCACACACACGCACGCUCCUCUCUGCGACGGCGGCGAGGGGAGAGAGGAGCAGCACGCGUGCGGGUACGGCUCUGCGCGCACACGCUCUCGCUUCUCGUUCUUCCCGUGCGCCGCGCCACUGUGUUGCUUCCGAGACUCUGCGGAGGAGGGCGGACGAGGGUCAGGGGCGCGGCGCCCGGUGUCGCCUGCACCCGCUCCCCCCGUGCUACGCUGAUGCCGAUGCGGCGUGUCUCAUGCCCUCCGGCCGGCUCUUCUGCUACGUGCAUGUGUGGGUGCCGGCUGAUGGCACCUCCGCUCGACUUUCACGCUGCCGUCCCCCUCCCACCUUUCUCCCUCUCUACCACCCUCUCCCCUUCGCCUUGCCCCCCCCCCUCUUUCAUGCCUCCCCUCUCUCACCACAAACACGCAUCCACGCCCGGCAGCAUGAACGACGUUGCUGUGCGAAGACUCGACUCCCUCUCGCUCUUUCCCACUCGCCCCCCAUCCCUACACCAUCUUCCCUGCCGUGCACCGCCGCCUCAUCUCUCUCCGCGUGCUGCUGUGAGUCUGCGACAAUGGAGUUGAAUGUCCUCUUUGUGGUUUACGCGGUUGUUCAGUUCAUCGCGUUCUUCUUGGUCGUGUUUGCUACGCCGAUCGACAUGUUUGUGUUAAAGCCGCAGUUUCGAUCUGGCACUACUCCUGCAGUGACUUUAUGGGGUUUGAAGAACGGAGGCUUCGGCAAUGGAUACUCUCGGAGCCUAGAGGAGUUGUGGUCGGGAUGCCUGAACCGCCUGAUGCGUUUCCGCACUGCACAGGCGCUCGCUAUUGUCACCAUCCUCCUGUACGGCUCGGCGUUCGCCCUGGGCGUCGUCAUCAUCUUCUGCUGCUCUUGGCUCCGCUUUGUCUGCGUGGCGCUCAACAUUGUUGGUGCCAUCACCCUGGGCGUUGUCUGGGGUUUGAUGGUGGUGACCUACAGGACGGAUGAUAGCCGAGAUUGCGUAAGAGAGAGUUUUCUGUCUACCUAUGGUGCCGGCUUCGUUCUCUUCGUGAUAGCCUGGGUGCUGGAUAUCCUCAACAUUUUCGUCUUGCUGCUUCCGCUCCCCGUCACAGUUUUCCGUGAGCUUGACGGCACCAAAGAAAAGUCAGAGAAAACCUCGAAAGGAGAGUCGGAUGAACGUAGCACUCAACACGAGGAGGAUGAGGAGUAUGAGUAG